AAUAGCGAUUCAUCACGUGUUUUGCACGGACCUUACGAUCAUUAUUAAUGGUUUACUUUGGCCUUCGGCAAGUUGACUCCGAAUUUGAUCAUGAAUUAAACUUUUGGCGAUUGUUCAACUUCAAGAUACUUUCGAUAAUCAAAAGUAAUUUUGCUGCGGAUUGAACAACAAACUUAUUUGAACUAUCGUGCUAUCGGUCGAAGAAUUUACCUAUAAAAUUUUCAGAUUCAUACAGAGUUGAAACGGAGCAUGGACAUUGUUUCAAGUAGCUUAACGGCUGUUUCCUUGUUAUUGUCACCUCUUGAGAAGCUUCUCUUCUAUUCAAGAAAUUUCAAAGAACGAGAAAGGACACUGCUUUGUGAAAUGGAAGAGCUAAUUAGUAAAGAAAACGAUUUAAAAGCAGAAAUAAGUAUUGCUUUAGUGAACCAAAGAAAGAAGCUCAGAAGCGAGACACAAUUGUGGCUUAAAAAUGUUGAGAACCUCAUAGCUGAGGUUAAGAACAUAGAAACUGAAAUCAUCCAAAACAAGAGAUGUAUAAAAGAAUGUUUCCCUAAUUAUCGUUCAAGAUACAGACUAAGCAAAAAGAUGAUGAAAAGAAUCAAUGAUAUGCGUGAGCUUCAUGCUAAAGGAGUAUUCUCAAACGGGCUAUUUGUUGAUUCUUUUCCAAAUCCUGGGAGAAUCCUACCAACAAGUGGUUUAGUGGGUGAUAAAACAUUUCAAAGUGUUUCAAAGGUGAUUUGGGAAGUAUUAGGUGAUGUAAAUACUAGUAAGCUUGGUGUUCAUGGAAUGGGGGGUGUUGGCAAGACAUCUGUUAUGAUGCAUAUUUAUAACCAGCUAAUCGAUUGUAAGGUUUUUGAUAAGGUGAUUUGGGUUAAUGUUUCAAAAACCCUUAAUGUGGAGAAAUUGCAACUUGAUAUUGCAAAUGCUAUCAAUUUGGAACUCUCAGAAGAAGAAAAUGUGAUAUGGAGAUCAACAAGAUUGCUUGAACAUCUACAAGGGAAAAAGUUUGUUCUCAUCUUAGAUGACAUGUGGCACCAUUUCUCCUUAGAAGAGGUAGGCAUCCCACAUCCAACCACUGACAAUGGUUGCAAAUUUGUAAUUAUAACUCGCCUUAUGGAAGUUUGUCGUGGAAUGGAAACUCAAAGGGAAAUCAAGGUUGAACUCUUGUCCAAAAACGAAGCAUGGGAUCUAUUCACAACCAAAUCAGGUCCAAUUUGUGAAGAAAUAGAAUCUAUUGCAAAAUCAGUGUGUGAAAAUUGUGGGAGAUUGCCACUUGCAAUCAUCACAGUGGGACGUGCCAUGAGGAAAAUUGAAGAUAAAAGACUUUGGAAGAAUGCACUUGAAGAAUUAGAGUCCUCAAGAGCAGAAAUUUCAGGUAUGGAAGAAGAUGUGUUUGCUAGACUCAAGUUUAGUUAUCUUCACUUAAAAGAUGACCACAUCCAAGCUUGUUUUCUGUAUUGUGCAUUGUACCCUGAAGAUCAUAAGAUCAAAGCUUCUGAACUUAUAGAGUACUGGAUGGCAGAAGAGUUGAUUACUGAAGUAGGUGAUCGAGAAAAGGAAAUCAACAAGGGUUACACAGUGCUAAAAAAGCUCAAAGAUGCUUGCUUGUUGGAAGACAUAGGAUCCGAUCAUGUCAAGAUGCAUGAUUUAGUAAGAGACAUGGCUAUCAGAAUUGCUAGAGAAAGUCCAAGGUUGAUUACUAAAGCUCAAAUGAAAUUAAACCGAAUGAAAAGAGAAUGGAUUGAAAACGUUGAGUGGGUGUCUUUAAUGGACAACAAUAUUACCAUUUUUCCUGAUAAUCCCAACUGCCAAAAACUAUCUACUUUGCUUCUUCAAAGAAACCCUCUUCCUGAAAAGAUUCAAGAUUCGUUCUUUAUGAAGAUGCAGUGUCUUAAAGCACUUGAUCUCUCUGGAACUGGAAUAAAAUCACUACCAGAGUCUGUUUCAAGUUUAUGUAAUCUCCGUGCACUUUUUUUAAGCUUCAGUAAGAUCAAGGAGCUUCCUUCAUUAACCAUGUUGAAGGAGUUAAGGGUGUUGGACUUAUCACAUAGCCGUUUGAGAAAGCUACCACAUGAUAUAGAAAAUUUAAACAAUUUGAGGCGUUUAGAUUUGUCUUACACUGAAAAACUACAAACAUUCCCAUCUGGUGCUAUCCAAAAGCUUUCUUGUCUAGAAAACUUUUCCAUGUUCAAAAGCAACUGGAGGUGGUCAGCAAAUAGAGAUGGAUUUGAAUCAUUUGAUGAAAUUUCAAGAUUGUCACGGUUGACCAGUCUUGGACUUUCCUUUGAGGACAAAACCAGCUUCAUUGGCUAUGUGAAAUCCAAACAAUGGUUGGUUCUUGAAAGUUAUCAUCUUGGAAUAGGUCAGUUAAACAUUUUGCUACCCACUGUUGAAGGAAUGCGUAGCAUUGAAAUUCAAGAUUGUAACCUUUGUCAUCAAGACAAAAUGAUUGAGCUUCCAAACAAUAUCCAACAAUUGGCACUCCACAGUUGUCAUGAUAUUACUAUUUUAUCAGAGCUUUCCGACACAACCAACUUGGAAAAUCUGAGACAAUGUUACAUCUCAAACUGUAAUGGCAUGGAGUUCAUCACAAAAGCAGAUAACUUUUUUCCAAAUCUUGAACUACUUGUCCUACGAAAGCUGCCAAAGUUGAAAGCAAUAUGUAAUGGUAUUACAUCGAGUCAGAUUUUCACAAAGGUGAAGAGCCUACAGAUCCACAGCUGCAAUAGAAUGAAGUCUUUGUUUUCAUCUCAUAUGCUACAAGACUUCCAGAACCUUGAAGAGAUUGAGGUGUGGAACUCAAGAUUGAUUGAAGAAAUGGUGGAAGAAGAACAAAGUGGAGGGAAUAUCAGUAGCUUUUCAACAGUUUUACUUCCAAAGCUUCGCCGAUUGUCCUUGUCCAUGUUACCAGAAUUGAAAUACAUCACAAGAAGGGUUUUGAUUUGUGAUUCUCUUGAAACAGUUGAGAUUUGGGAUUGUGAGGUUUUGAGGGCUCUUCCAUUCUCUAUUAGCUACUUGCCAUCAUCUCUUAAGAACAUUAAGGGAAACAUAAAUUGGUGGGAUCAGUUAGAAUGGGAUGACACUAGUUGCAAGAAUCUUCUGCAACCAUUCUUUGACCAAGGUACAUAAAUCUUCUGCAACUAACUAGUGACAACUUUCUGCAUUAGUUGCAAGAUCUGGACUUAAUAGGGCGUUGAGAAGUCGGCUACAUCACAAGACACAAAUCUGCCAAAAAGGAGCAGACCUGACAUUAGCAAGACAGGAUGCUGAGAAAUCAUUGUGGAAAACAAUGUCACCAAUGUAGACCCUAGGAAUGAUUCAUAGACAUCUGAGGUGAGGUGAGGUGAGGUGAGGCUCAUUACAAACAACAAACACAACAACUUGAUGCUAUGUUAAAAUUAUGUAUCCAUCUAUAUUUGUCUCUUAUAGUAAACUAUCUCAUAUUUCUAACUACCAUGCUUGCUUUCA